GUAUGCCGGUAAGGGUUUCGAACUUGGUUUUCAUUUCUUGUGAGAUUAUGGGAGUUUUAUUGUUGCGGCAUGUUGGUUUCAGUCACCGUCGCCGGAGUCGGGUCACCGCAGCCACUGGAGAUGGCUGCCAGGGCUACCGCCAAACUGGUUCAGAGGCCAUUGCUGUUUCGUUUUCAUAUUACAGAAUUAGUAACCAAGCUUACAUGUACCGAGUGAGGCUGUUUCUGCUAUUUGGAAAGCAAGCGGGGGCUUCGGUUGUCGCGGAUUUGGCGCUGAGCGAAAAGAGUUCAGUUGACACGCUUGGAUUAUGGUUUUGCGACUUUGAGGUAGGGGCUUUUUCUGAAAACUAUAUUUUAUAUAUUGGAAUUAUUACAUAUGGAUACUGAUGUGAGACAAUGCAUAUUGGUGAUUGUAUCAGUCUUAUGUACUGUUUGGUUGUCUUGAAUGGUUAUGAACGUUAGUUUAACUGGAUUGUUGUGUGGGUUUGUGAAACGGAAUGCUUUUGAGGUUGAUUCUUUUAAAGCUUUGAGAUCGAGUUUAAUCCGUUGGGAA